AUGAUCACAGUGAAUUCAGAUGGGAAAAUAAUGGUCAGAAGAUGUCUCGUCACCUUGAGGCCUUUUAGGAUAUUUGUGGUAGGCAUUGGAUUUUUCACUCUCUGCUUCUUAAUGACAUCCUUGGGAGGUCAGUUUUCAGCCAAAAGACUGGGAGACUCUCCAUUCACCAUCAGGACGGAAGUGAUGGGGACUCUGGAGUCCAGAGGAGUGCUGAGGAAAAUGAGUGAUAUGCUGGAGACAAUGGUGAAGAGGAUGGAAGUGCUAGCCAGGCUGGAGAAUAGCACAGACUUCCGGAAAGGGGAAGAAGCCCAUUUUCCAAUGGACAGGUUCCAUCCAGCAGCUGGUCUGAUGGAGAGGAUUCAAGCAAUUGCUCAGAAUGUCUCAGACAUCGCAAUGAAGGUGGAUCAGAUCCUUCGCAACAGUCUCCUAAAUGGAAAAUCCAUAGAAGGCCGACGGGACCAAUGUGAAGUGCCCAGAGAUCCGAAGUACCCCGAUUGCUCUGGAAAAGUAGAGUGGAUGAGGGCUCGAUGGACUUCAGACCCUUGCUAUGCAUUCUUUGGUGUGGAUGGCACAGAAUGCUCAUUCCUGAUCUACCUCAGUGAAGUUGAGUGGUUCUGCCCAGUGCUGCCUUGGCGAAAUCAGUCAGCAGCUGCCCCUUCUUCCAACCCAUUGCCCAGGAUACAGGCGGCUUUUCAGAGAGACUUCGCCUAUCUUCUGGAGUUAAUUGGCAGUGGCAAGGAGUCCUUGAUCUUCAUGAAGAAACGGAUCCGUCAUCUGGCCACACAAUGGCUGAGGGCCUCUCAUAAACUGGAACAGAAGCUGGAGGGAAAACACCGAGAUCGGAAGCAGAUUUUGAUCCACAUUGGCUUCUUGACAGAAGAAUCAGGAGAUGUUUUCAGCCCUCGUGUAUUAAAAGGGGGCCCAUUGGGGGAGAUGGUCCAAUGGGCAGAUAUAUUAGCCGUUCUUUACAUCCUGGGCCACAGUCUGAAGAUCACCGUCUCUUUGAAAGAACUUCAGAGUAACUUAGGAGUGCCACCUGGUCGAGGUAAUUGUCCCUUGAUGGUUCCUUUGCCCUUUGAUCUCAUUUAUACGGACUACCAUGGACUGCAGCAGAUGAAGCAGCAUAUGGGCCUCUCCUUUAAAAAAUACAGAUGUCGUGUUCGAGUAAUCGAUACUUUUGGGACUGAACCUGCAUACAAUCAUGAGGAAUAUGCCACUCUGCAUGGAUAUCGAACAAACUGGGGCUAUUGGAACCUCCAUCCUAAACAGUUCAUGACAAUGUUUCCUCAUACACCAGAUAAUUCUUUCAUGGGGUUUGUGUCAGAAGAGCUCAAUGUGACUGAGAAGCAGUUUAUUAAAUCCAACAAGGCCAACAAUAUGGCAGUUGUCUAUGGGAAGGAAGCCAGCAUUUGGAAGUUACAGGGUAAAGAGAAGUUUCUAGCCAUCCUUAAUAAAUACAUGGAGAUCCAUGGCACUGUUUAUUAUGAAACCCAGCGUCCACCGGAGGUUCCAGCUUUUGUGAAGAAUCAUGGACUUUUGCCCCAGCAUGACUUUCAGCAGCUGCUGAGAAAAGCGAAGCUCUUUAUUGGCUUUGGUUUUCCUUACGAAGGCCCUGCCCCUUUGGAAGCAAUAGCUAACGGAUGUGUUUUUCUGCAAGCUCGUUUCAAUCCACCCCACAGUUCACUCAAUCAUGAAUUCUUCAGAGGGAAGCCAACAUCAAGGGAGGUAUCCUCUCAGCAUCCCUAUGCAGAAGAUUUCAUUGGAAAACCUCAUGUGUGGACAGUGGAUUAUAAUAAUUCAGAGGAGUUUGAAUCAGCCAUCAAAGCAAUUAUGAGUACUAAGGUUGAACCUUACUUGCCCUAUGAAUACACAUCUGAAGGAAUGCUAGAGCGGAUUCAUGCCUACAUUCAAAACCAGGAUUUCUGUGCUACUGCUGCUCUACCAGACAGGUCCAGCAGUCCGACUAUGCAAAGCUCUCUCAGUCCUUUCAUCCUGCAACCCAAUUCAACUGCCCUGGUAUGGUCUCAUAAUAUAACCAGCAGCCAUCUUCCAGCUUGGCCCCCAGUCAAGUCCCUGCAGGUGUGGCUAUCUGAGUCUGGCCAAGCAUGCACCAGAACUUGCCAGCAGCACAAUUUAGUCUGUGAGCCUGAGUUUUUCAAGUUCCUGAACAAAAAAGAAGUGUUCCAGCAGCUCAACAUUGUUUGUGAUAGCACAGAGUCUGAGAUGAAUCCUUAUCCAGCUGUGGCUGAAAAUGUCCGGGAAUGCUACCUUCAGAAGGAUCAUCUGUUAUUCAGCUGUGCUGGAUGCAAUACCAAGUACCAGCGCCUCUGCCCAUGCCGUGAUUACCAGAAGGGACUGGCACUCUGCAGGGACUGUUUGUGA